CGUUACCUGCACCUUUUGAAUGAGAGAGAGCCCUUUCAAUACAACUUGUCUUGAACUACCUCACCUUCUGACUCUCUCUCUCUCUCUCGGGAUUUAGAUUUGAAGAUGUCGACUGUGACCGGCACCACGACCACCGGCACCAACACCAGCAGCAGCAUCCUGUCGAUUGCGCCCAAGCGGGACUUAUCGACGAGCACCGAUGUGCGCCGGCUGGCGCUGCAGCACGUCAACCCCAACGUACGCAAGGCCAAGUAUGCGGUGCGUGGCGAGCUCGCGGUGAAGGCAGAAGAAUACCGGGUCCGCCUGACCGAGGGCGACAAGAGCCUGCCCUUUGACAGCGUUAUCUUCGCCAACAUCGGCAACCCGCAGCAGCUCGACCAGAAGCCCAUCACCUUCUUCCGCCAGGUGCUCAGUCUGCUGGAGAACCCCACGCUGCUCGAACAGCCGGAAGUCCUCAAGACCGCGUUUGGGUACCAGCAGGAUGCCGUGGACCGGGCCCAGACGUUGCUUCAGGAGGUCCAGAGCGUCGGCGCCUACAGCCACAGCCAAGGGGCCCCCGCCAUCCGGGCCAGCGUGGCCAAGUUCAUCGAAGAGCGGGAUGGGUUCCCCGCCAACCCGCAGGACCUGUUCCUCUGUGCCGGGGCGUCGUCGGGCGUCAGCACGCUGCUCAACGUCAUGUGCGACUCCCCCAACUCCGGCGUGCUGGUCCCCAUCCCCCAGUAUCCCCUCUACACGGCAACCCUGUCGCUCCUGGACGCGCAGUGCGUGCCGUACUAUCUUGAGGAACACAAGGCCUGGGGCACCGACAUCGACGCGAUCCGCUCGUCUCUCCAGAUGGCCAAGGCCGAGGGCACCGACGUGCGCUCGAUCGUGGUGAUCAACCCGGGCAACCCGACGGGCGCCUCGCUCAGCGCCGACGACAUCAAGAGCGUGCUCGACAUCGCGGCCGAGGAGAGGCUGAUCGUCAUCGCCGACGAGGUCUACCAGACCAACGUCUUCUCCGGCGAGUUCAUCUCGUUCAAGAAGCGCCUCCGCCAGCUUCAACACGAGGUUCCCGGCAAGUACGACCACGUCGAGCUGGCCUCGCUGCACAGCGUCUCCAAGGGGAUGGUCGGCGAAUGCGGCCACCGCGGCGGCUACUUCGAACUCGUCGGCUUCGACCCCUUGGUCGUCGAGCAGAUCUACAAGUUUGUCAGCAUCAUGCUCUGCCCGCCCGUCAUCGGCCAAUGUCUCGUCGAGCUCAUGGUUAACCCGCCCAAGCCCGGCCAGCCCAGCCACGACCUCUACAACAAAGAGUACUCCGGUAUCCGGACCGGUCUGCACCAACGCGCCCUCGCCCUGUAUGAAGCCUUCAAGCGUAUGGAUGGUGUCGAAUGCCAAGAACCUCAAGGCUCCAUGUAUCUCUUCCCAACGAUCACCCUCCCCGCCAAAGCCAUCGAAGCCGCCCACGCCGCAAACCGCGCCCCAGACGAGUUCUACUGUCUGCGUCUGCUGGACGCCACGGGCGUGUGCGUCGUCCCGGGCUCCGGCUUCGGCCAAAAGGCCAACACCCUACACUUCCGCACUACUUUCCUGGCCCCGGGCACUGCCUGGGUGGAGCGCAUUGUCAAGUUCCAUGCCGAGUUUAUGGAGGAGUAUAAAUAG